AACAAUUCUCUCCCCCUCUCUCGAAAGUUCUGCCGAUCCAAGCCAUCAGUUGUUGUUCAGAAUGGCAGAUUAUCACGAGACCGAUAAACACAUUGAGAUGUGGAAAACUAAGAAACUAAUCAAGGGACUUGAAGCUGCCAGGGGUAAUGGCACCAGCAUGAUUUCUCUCAUCAUUCCUCCCCGUGAUCAAAUCACUCGUGUUACUAAGAUGUUGGAUAAUGAGUAUGGAACUGCUUCAAAUAUCAAAAGCAGGGUGAACCGUCAGUCUGUUUUAUGUGCAAUUAAAUCUGCUCUGCAGCGGCUCAAGGGUUACAACAAGCUUCCUCCUAAUGGACUUGUGCUCUAUAUUGGAACAAUUGUUACUGAAGACAGGAAGGAGAAAAAGAUUGCAAUUAAUUUUGAGCCUUUCAAGCCCAUCAAUGUGUCUCUUUACCUCUGUGACAACAAGUUCCAUGUUGAAGCUCUUAAUGAACUCUUAGAAUCUGAUGAGAAAUUUGGUUUCAUUGUCAUAGAUGGUCAUGGUAGUCUUUUUGGGACAUUAAGUGGUAACACGAGGAAGGUGCUUCAUAACUAUACUGUUGACCUCCCAAAGAAACAUGGAAGAGGAGGGCAAUCAGCUCUUCGUUUUGCUCGUCUUGGAGAGGAGGCACGCCACAACUAUGUUUCUAAGGCAGCAGAAAAUGCCACUAAGCUUUUUAUUAACCCUGCCACCAACAAGCCCAAUGUUGCAGGAAUAAUACUGGCAGGAUCAGCGGACUUCAAAAUUGUGCUUAGUGGGUCAGACAAGUUUGAUCCGCGUCUGCAGGCCAAAAUACUGAAUGUAGUGAGUGUUCGUUGUGGAGGAGAGAAUGGUUUCGAUCAGGCUAUAGACUUGUCAUCAAAGAUUCUAUCCAAUGUGAAAUUUGUGCAGGAGAAACGCUUGAUGGAAAAAUACUUUGAAGAGAUUAGAUUGGAUAGAGGAAUGUAUGUUUUUGGUUUAGAUGAUACACUAAAAGCUUUGGAGAGAGGUGCUGUGAAGAUACUUAUUGUGUCGGAAAGACUGGAAAUUAGUAGGUAUGAGCUGAAAAACUCUAGUACUGGUGAGAUUGUUGUCAAACAUCUUAACAAAGAGCAAGAAAACAAUAAGAGCAACUUUUGGGAUUCUGCCAACUCUAGAGAACUAGAUAUUCAAGACAAGAUGUCAUUGUUGGAGUGGUUCACUGAAGAGUACAAGGGGUUUGGUUGUACGCUUGAGCUUGUCACCAACAAAUCACAAGAGGGGUCACAUUUCUGCCAAGGUUUUGGGGGCAUUGGAGGAAUUCUCCGCUACCAGCUUGAUAUGAGAUCAUUUGAUGAGUUUUCUGAUGAUGAAGAAGUUUAUGAUGCUGGAGAAGUUUCUGAUGAUGCUAAAUAGGAAUCAAUGAACCCGUCCCCAAUUCUAGUGCAGGAUGCUGGGGAUGAAAAACCCUGCACCAGUGGCCAUGGAGUUGUGGCUCCUGAGUGGUGCUCAAAGAAAAUAACAGGCUUGAUCAAGGACAUUACAUUAUGUGAUCUGGACAACCUUAAUGUUGGGAUUCCAUCUGGAUCACAAAAAAGUGGUUAUGAAAGAGUAUCCACACAGGGAGUUGUGGUUGCUGCUGCUACUAAGGAGCCUUCAAAAUGUUUCUCAGGCUUGAUCAAGGUCAUUACAACUGAUUCUCAAAAGUGCGAUGCGGUGAAUUCUUCUGGAUCAAGAAAAUCUGGCGGUGAAAGAGCACGCACCAGUGUAAUGGAAGGGGCUGAAGAGAUCAAUCGUCUAACAUAUUGUCCUCUAGAGAGCUGCAAAUUCGUUUUGGAUCAAGAAUUUAUGAAAAUAAGCCUCUUGAUGAAAUCCUUCAUGAAGAAUCUUAGUUUCAGUACUGCUUUUGGUUAAGUGCCAUAUAUACUUGGUGUUUGUUUUCUUAUGAAAUAAGAGCCAUGCUGGCCUAUCUUUGAGAUGGAACCUGGUUAAACAAUUAUUUAAAAAAAAUUAUUAUUGAUUUUCUUUU